GAGAAAGACCGUUGACGAACAGCUGCAGUCGCUGUUUACUAUUUUGUACGGUUUUUUUUUUUUUGUAUUUUUUAAACGCACUCGCUGCUCUCUCGGGUCCGGCGUGUAACGUGCGUUUCGGCUGUUCGGUUUUUCCGUUGAGUUUUUUUUUUUAAAGUGUAUUUUUCAGUUUGGAUGGUACACGCGAAACGCCGCACUCGGGGACAAGGGAAAAUAUAAAAUAAUACACGUCUUGGACUACCGCGCAUAUGCGCUGUGCAGUGUAUCCCGCCAGAGGUUGUACGGAACAUUUGAUCCAUUUACAAUUUUUACUGCAACGUUUCUUCCCAAUUUAUAGAUCGAUCAAAGAGGACCCAGAAUUUAUGUCAUGAGUUCUACGGCUUCUCAAAUUAGUGACUUCAACUUGCUAAGAAGAUGUGGCAAAAGGUCGUCGAAGAAGAACAACUCGACCAUUGCGGAUAUCUACAACAACUUGUACGCCAGUCAAAUGGUCGCGGCCGUCGACCAAAGGGCCAAAAUGUCACCGCAAAGGACAAUAUCGUUGGGUUCAUUGCACCAUCCGCCGCAGACCCAAUUCAUGGAACCUAGACUGACACAGCUCGAGACCCUGGAAGCAAAGAUGGCCAGCAUCGAAGUAUCCCUGUCGACAACGUCGAAGAGACCUAAAAAGAGUUCCACGCCCGUCAGCCCCCAACCGUUGCCUCCGUCGUCCACGAUGCAAGUUGCCCAAAAAACCGGCAACCCCCCAGUGAAAAUCAAUAACAACAAUAAUUACACCAAGAACGCGGACAGUAAUUACGACAAAGAAAACAUUAUCCGCAACAACGUUACUAUUAAACCGCCGAUCAACCAACAUUAUCUAGUCAACGGAAACCGUGGUCGCGAAAAGGAGGAGGAUGAGAAGGAGAAGCAGCAACAGCAGCAGCACCAUCAGAAAAACAAAACCAAUCAGCAGCAGCACGGCGGCUGCAACAGCGAUACGGUCAACGAAAGUGAAAAACAAUCGUUGACCCAGAAAAUAGAAAGUCUGAAAAACGAUAUGGACCAGAAACGAUUGGCCAUUAAAAACAUCAAACUGUCGCUGGACCAAUUAGAUGUCACCGACAACAUCGACACGAGGAUUCAACAUGCAGAACUCGAAUACCAGUUGGGCAGAGAAGAGCUGAACCUGUUGAGCCUGAUGGAAGAGACCGGCAAACACAAAUGCCGCCUCGAAGAGAUCGACCAAAUGGACGAACAAAAUCAAAACAACACUUUGUACAAUUACCUGACAUCGAAUCCGGGCACCGUGAUGAGUCUGCGGGCGAUAGAAAUCGAAUACGACCCGAAGAGUCCCAGGUUUGGCGUCGGGUCCGGCCAAGACAAACCAGGACUGUUCGUCGAAUGGACCGUCGACGGUACGGGAUUCACCAAAGGAGACAGGUUACUGGAGGUGAACGGCAAAGUAGUGUUGUCGAUGAGGAAAAAGGAUGAUCUCAACCGUUUGCUAGAAGUGACCCCGUCGUCGGUUCGCGUUGUGGUCAUGCACGACGGGCCCACGGUCGACCAGAUUGAAGUGGCGGCCCUGAAACGGGAGCUGGGCGAGUGCCGAUUGCGGGCCGAUGAUACGGACCGGUCGAGGCAAGCGUACAAGACCGAAAACUUGCGACUGUCGCACCGAGUGUCCUACCUGGAAGACCAGGUGUCCGAGCUAAUGAAGACCCGGUCGUCGGCGGCGCCCGUGCUGUUCCAGCGGGGUUCCAACUCGGCGAUGGUGCGCAGCAAGAGCCCCAAGCACGGCGUGUCGGCCAUCCAGCAGUACAAGCGCAAGCAGGUGGUGUACGACGACAGACCGCAGCCGCCGUUGCCGCACGACGGGCCCGUAAAGACGCGCAUCCGCACCGUGCCCCGGCUUUACGGCAGUUCGGCGUCCGUCGAGUCGUUGGUGUCGUCCGCCUCCGACGCAGUGGUGGCCGCCAAGUCGUUCGACGACCUACAGGCCGUCUCGCCCAAACGAAACAAAUGUCCGCCGGGCCGCAGCAGCCGGACGCGGCACAUUCGCGAGGCCCAGCAGACGCUGUUCCGGUUCCUGGACUCCGAGUCGUCCGGAUCCCCUUACCUGCCGCAGAACUACGGCAGCGGCGGCAGCGUCCGGUCGCUAGACCUAGAGGCGGACCAGCGGCUCAAGAGCAACGACUAUUACUCGCACCUGACCACCGGCGGUUCGCCUCAUCCCAGCCGGUCACUUAACUACGAUUCGGAACAUUCCGCAGGCAGGCGACCAAUGCCGCCCAAGAAGCCGCUACGUUUGUCGCUGCAACAAAGGCAGAAGGAAAACAGCGAAAACGACCAACGGCAUCUGCGCCGGAAUGACGAUGUCGAUUUGUCCGCUAUAAAUAAUACCAUGUCGUAAAUUAAAGAAUAAUGUAUAAAAAACGAAAUACAUGUAUAAAUGUAUUAUAGGUUUUAGUAUGUACUUACCUGCUAUAGCUUACCAUUUACCUCCCUGUACAAUUUAGAGUUAUCGAAAAAAGAAAGUUAAAAUAAACCUACUGGUUAUUUUAUUUGAACCCAUUAAAUAUUUGGUGUUAACCAAAAAUAUAGGUUUGGAUUUUUUUUUUUUAAUUGAGUUUUUGCCAACUCAGUUACAUUUCCAAUAUGCGUUAGCCAUAUUACAUUGACAACCUAAACGUUGCAUUAAGUUUUGCUAAGAUCAUUGAUUCCGUUUUCCUUUCGCAUAGUGGAAUUUCUUACCAAAAAUGUACCUGUAUUAUAAAAAUAUAGUUUAGUACAAUAUCGUAGCAUAAUUAUUUGCCUACUAUCACAGUUUGAUCAUCUCUCCCAAGAUCUAUAUCAUAAUAAAUAAAUACUUGUAACUUUUAUUUGUUUGAUUAGUUACUUUUUUUGUUAUUUUAUUUUAUUUAUUCAUUGCUUUGACAUAAUGUGUAUAUUUAUAUUUUUGUUUUUAAUUUUUAUUCUUAUAAUAUAAUCUAUAUUACUGAUUAGUAUAAUAUAGUGUCACUGACAACCCUUUUGACAGUUCAUUAUGUAAAUAUGCAAUUGUUUCACUAAUUUUUCCAUCACGAUAUAUUAAUAUAAAACAACCGAUAAUAAUGGACUCCGGUAAUUAGGCAGUGAGAACGAUAAUCGUUGUUAUUUUGAGUAUUGCUAAAUUAUAUAUUUUUUUAAACCUACUUUAACGUCAACUGUUAUUAUAUUUUUACAUUAUUAUUUGUUUCUGGUACAGUCAUAGUUACAGUUAGGCUUCGCCAACGUUUUUAAAAUCAAACCAUAAGUAUGGGUGCAGGGUGUGUCCGAAAAUAUUGUAAAUAACAUAUUGUAUGUGUAUACAAAUCUUUAAUCAAUCUGUACUUAGUUAUUCAUUUUUAUAAAUAAGAACUAUUUAAAAAAUAUUUCGAUGGAUAAGUGUGCUAAGUGUAUUUGAUAUACAAUUUUAGAUGUUUAUUAAUGAAGCAAGUGUGUUUGGACUUUGUCUGUACCAAAUGAAUUACUAAAUUUAAUAUAGGUAAAACAACAAUCAUAAAAAUCUGAAAUCAUAAUUUAGUUAUUUUGACCAUUUUAAUGACAAUAGUUUAAACCAA